CUAAAUGACCACGUUGUCGUGCAAAUCAGUGUCAUCAACGUUAUUAAUAAACAAGUGAAGUCGUUAUUUCGAUGGCGUAAUGUUACAAUGUAUCGAAUGUUACAUUCAUGCUACUAGUUUAAUGUUACCUACACACUGCUUAAGUUAAUAUAAAAAGAAUGUACUUACCGACGAGAUGAAGUGAUGACGCAGUUUGUAACGAGGUUAGCCUACUAAAUAAGAACUGGUGGCUUGCUAGGUAAUGUUAGCUUGUGAUAGUUGGAAGCUGGUUGGAAGUGUCAAGUGUUGAACGUCAUUACGCACAAUGAAGCCUAAACUGUACCGGUCAGUGAUCGAGGAUGUGAUUAACGAUGUCCGGGAGCUCUUCCUUGAUGAGGGUGUCGAUGAGCAAGUCCUCUUGGAGCUGAGAACGCUGUGGGAGAGCAAGCUGAUGCAGUCUAAGGCGGUGGAGGGCUUCCACACGGAGGAGCAACAGCCCCAGGCUCAGGUGCAGCAGGUGCAGCAGGUUCAGCACGUACCCCAGCAGCCUCAGAACCAGUCCCAGCAGGUCAUCAUGCCCCCGACCCAGCCAGCUCCUCAGCAGCAGGUCAUCGUCCAGGAUCCGAAAAUACUGCAGCACAUGACCGCUACGGGAAUGAGUGCCGCUGCCACAGCCGCUACCCUGGCUCUGCCUACAGGAGUGACCCCCUACCAGCAGAUUAUCACCAGCCAAGGUCAGAUCCUGCAGGUGGUGAGGGCACCCAAUGGGACGCAGUACCUCAUCCAGCCUCAACAGCAGGUGGUGCUGCAACAGCAGGUCCUGCCUCAAAUGCAGCCAGGUGGGGUGCAAGCCCCCGUCAUACAGCAGGUCCUGGCUCCCCUGCAAGGUGGAAUCCCCCAGCAGACAGGCGUGAUAAUCCAGCCACAGCAGAUUGUCCUGGCCGGGAAUAAGGUCCAACAGAACGCCCAGGUCAUGCAGGCUGCUGCAAUGGCUGCACAGGCAGGACAGGGGGCUGUGCAGGUGCAGCAGGCUCAGGCGCAGGCUCAAGCUCAGGCCCAGGCCCAGGCUCAAGCUCAGGCCCAAGCCCAAGCUCAAGCCCAAGCUCAAGCCCAAGCCCAAGCCCAAGCCCAAGCCCAGGCUCAGGCUCAGGCUCAAGCUCAAGCACAGCAGCAGCAGCAGCAGCAGCAGCAAGCACCUCAGCAACAGCCUCCCAUGAUGCUCCAGGUCGACGGCGCCGGAGACACGUCAUCUGAGGAGGAAGAGGAAGAUGAAUAUGAUGAAGACGAGGAGGACGACAAAGACAAAGAUGGUGCCGAGGAUGGGCAAGUCGAAGAGGAGCCCCUCAACAGCGGGGAUGACGUGAGUGAUGAGGAGGGCCAGGAGCUUUUUGACACUGAGAAUGUGGUCGUGUGCCAGUACGACAAGAUCCACAGAAGCAAGAACAAGUGGAAGUUCCACCUGAAAGACGGAAUCAUGAACCUAAACGGAAGAGAUUACGUGUUCUCCAAAGCCAUCGGGGACGCCGAGUGGUAGGAGCACGACCCGGAGCUUUCCGUCGGACAAUAACGCAGGACACAUCAAAACUCGGACUGGGCGCGUUUUCGGGGGAGGGGCCGAGAGGGGCGCGUUUGACUCUGCGAAUGCUGGACGUGCGAACGAAGACACUUGUGCGCGAGCGAGCCCCUCCCCUCUCUCUGCCGCUCCCGGGCGGCGACGCUCUUUAUUUGCCACACAUUUUGCUGAUGACCGUAUCCCGGAAACGCAGGUUCUCCGCCGCCUCGGUACUGCUUCUAGAAAAAGUGGUCCAUAUACACAACUCAUUUAGAUCCACCUGCAAAUGGAAAGGAUGUCAACCAUCUAGAAAACCCACAGAAACGCAAACCCCCGGAGAUGGAUCAAUAGGUUCCUUUUGUGUCAGUCAACCUUGCAACUGCGCCACAAUAGCAGUUGACACCAGUGGUUGGGUUAAGAGCUCAUUGUGCAUUUUUUGCUUAUUUUAGCUUGGUCCUGGUUGUAGAGCUGCUAUAGCCGUUAUAUUCCUGCCAGAUACUGUUCAUCAAGGUCGAUUACUUGUCACGUGUCUGAAUGAACGCUGCACCCUUAAAUACUGCGAUUGCUCCCUCCCCCCAAACCACCUUUAAAAAAAUUGAAUUCGAAGGAUCCAAUCACAAUGCUUCCGAAAACAGGUAAUGCAUGAGGAGGGAGUUUUGUGGAGUAUCUGGAAGCUCCUUCUCAAAUCUCUUUUUACCGGGAUCCAAUCGCAGACUCAACUUUUCACUUUCCCCUUUUUUUUUUUUCUUUCUCUCCUUUCCCCCUUUCACUGAAAAGACCAUGCAACUCACUUUAAUCCGGACCAUACUAUGUAUGUGAGUGCCCUUUUGUUUUAAUCCACCAGGGUUGUCAGUACUUAAAUCCACUCACGGUGGUGUGUCGCCGUCUGUGCUGUGAUACCUGUCACAGCCGCAUGUGAUGUCAUGGAUUUUUUGUUUUUUGUUUUUGUGAAAUGUGUUGUUCAUCUGUCAACAGUCAUCUUUGUGUUGUUAGCUGAGUGAUGGGGUUUAUCACCUAAAUUACCCCACCCCACCCAACCCUUUCGCUGUAGUUACACAAGUAUCAGAAUUUCUCGUAGGUUUUUGUAUUUAUUCUGCAGAGGUUGGGGCGGGGCGAAGGCGGGCGAAACCACACCGAAUUGUGCUCUUAUUGUGACACAAGUGUUCCUUUUCAAAAGGGUUUCCUCUGCUGGCUGGGUCUCCAUCAUCCUCGUUCACUUCUUUUGAGUCUUGUACUUGAAUUUUAACCUUUUAUUUUUAUGAAUCGUCUUGCCUGGAAAUGUUUAUACGUGUUUAUUUCUCCCCCCGCUGUCUGUUCUAAAAGGGCAUUGUUCGCUGAAUUUUAGAGAAAUAAACGAUACAUAAUUUUUUACUCUGCACACUGUAUUGUUAAAGAGAGCCCUCUGAAGAGGACCUGAGAAUCUUCGCAAAAGCGUGUUUUUUUUUUUUUUU